UGUGGGACAUUCACUCCAUACAGCGGUUGAAACAUUGUAUCUAUUUGUUUCCAUAAAUGGAUCCAUUUAUGGAAACAAAUAGAUACAAUGUUUCAACCGCUGUAUGGAGGGAAUGUCCCAGAAUUGUCAUAAAUAGUCUAUUUCUGACAGUUGUGGGACAUUCACUCCAUACAGCGGUUGAAACCGCUGUAUGGAGUGAAUGUCCCAGAACUGUCAAAAAUAGACUAUUUCUGACAGUUCUGGGACAUUCCCUCUUCUUCCUUUUUGCCGGCUUGGAAUUAUUCUUAUUUUCAUCCUACUUCUUCUUCUUCUUCUUCUUCUCAUCCUCAUCCUCUUCUUCUUCUUCU